GUGCCCUUAAAUACCAGGAAGUUGUAAACAAAGCUGACAGCUAUUCAGUUAGUUGUUAACUGCAUCUGAAUGGAUGCUGAGCCAGUCGUGUAAAACGGGCUAGUUAUUCGCCGAUAUCGCGUAUCGAUCAAUUAUAUAGCUUACCGUUUUCUUUUAUAUAGAGAUCGUCUCGCGGAAAUAGAUAUUCGUCCGAGCGUUUGUUCAACAAGCUAACGUUAGCUGCCUUCCGUUUUGUCGUUAGGGAAAAGCUAACGUUUGCACAAGGACGUUACAGCUAGCGUUAACGCCUGCGAAGUUAACCUUAGAUCGAUUGUUUUUAUCCGGAUUUGAACGGAUAGUGAGCAAUAACAGUUCCCGAUUCUUGUGUUUUCUUUUGUUUUGGUUUUUUUUUUUUUUUUUUUGCUGCAUUUGCUGUCUGGGGGCAGAAACAGCGAGCGAGUUCGUCCAUUUUAGCAGGACAACAAUGUCUACAUCCAACGCUAAUUUCAAAAACAAGUGUGUGACACAGGUGAACUGCAUUUUUUGUGACAGUCUGCUCUGCACGAGAGGCAUGAAAGCAGUGCUUCUUGCAGACACUGAAGUUGAGCUUUUUUCCACUGACAUACCUCCCAAUAGAACUGUUGACUUUGUGGCCAGCUGCUACUCUACUGAAAGCUGCAAAUGCAAACUGAGAGACAUUGCAUGUCUCAAGUGUGGUAAUGUUGUGGGCUAUCAUGUUGUGGCCCCGUGUAAACCCUGCCUGCUUUCCUGUAACAACGGCCAUUUCUGGAUGUUUAAUAGCGAUGCUGUGUCUACUCUCAACAGACUGGAUGCGACAGGUCUGAAUCUGCUCCUGUGGGGAGAUCUUCCCGAGCUUGAUGACAGUGAGAACGAAGAAUCAGAAACCCCGUCAGAGGAGGAGUGCAUUAGGUAGAGAGGGAAGCGGACAAUGUGAGAGAUUUAGAGGGCCAACAUUUGAGAGGUGGAGCUACAAGAGUGUACAAACCAUGCUGAGAUGAGAGAGAAAAGAGAAAACUUAAAGGGUAAUUGAACUGAAUCACAAAGGGUUGAAAAGUGCUGCUUUACUGCUCUGCAUGAGUUAAAAUAUUAAACCAUGGCGCACUUCUCUCCACACCCCAAACAGUGAUGUCACAGCAGGUGUUUUGCCUUUGACAGCUGAUGGAGAACACCUGUCUUGACAUCACUGACUAAGGUGUGGGCAUAAACACACCAUGCUCCACAGUUUUAAGAUGGAAGUAAGAAGUGUUUGGCCCUAUGUAAUUCAGUGGCGAAUUACCCUUUAACCUGUGAACAUGUCUUUUCUCAUCACUAUUCACUAUUUAAAGCACAGACACACACACACACACACACACACACACAC